UUGUUUUUCUGUCUGUCUUGAAGAAGGCUCGAUGGGAGCCGAAACAUCGACACUAUAUGCUGUUAUGCUGACUGUCUCCAUGUGAGACACACCUGUGAGUGGCAAUAAAUUCUUCUAUUUUCAAGGAAAAGUGGUUUAUCCAUCUUGCUUCUGUGCAGCCAACAAUACUCCAGCUGAUGAAGAGGAGGAAGGAUGGCCCAGAACCCAGGUAACAAGCUCUAUCAUGAGCACGAGACCAAUGCUGAAGAUUUUUAUAAGAAAUAUUUAUCUGAUGAAGCUGAUCAAUCAACUUUGAAAGAGUUCAAUUUAUACCCUGUGGAAAGAUUACAUUCAUUAUCAGAUAUAAUUAGAGGAAACUCCGUGAUUGACAUCAGCCUUGGUCCGAACAUUUCCCUUCUGUUAGCAAUUACGAAUCUCUUUAACGAUAUCACAGUCCUAAGAAGUGACACGUCCUCACUCAAAGCAGUGGAGAAAUGGAUGAAGAACCAUCCAGCAGCUGUUAAUUUUUCUCAUGUGUCCAAUAAAGUUUCCGAUCUGAGAGAUAACAGUGAUGGAGCGCAGGAGAUAGAGACACAGCUGAGAUCAGCAAUCAAACAACUCCUACCAUGUGACUUUACCAAAGAAAACAUCACCGACCCGGUGGUCCUGGAGAAAGCAGAUUGUGUUGUCUCUCUUGGGAUGCUUGGUACAGUUAGUACAGACCAAACUUCAUACAUGAAUAACAUGAGGAAACUCGCCGCAAUGCUGAAACCAGGAGGGAGACUGGUUGUGUUUGGAGGAAUCAAUUAUGGUCUGGAUAACAAUUUCAUGUGUGUUGGUGACAUCAAGUAUCACCAUUUAAAAUAUGAUGAAAACACAGUCAGGAAAGUUCUUACAGAUGCCGGGUGCCGUGUUCAAAGUAUUGAUAUAAAUGAGUGUCAAAUUCCUGAUCAUAUGCUCCGCAUUUCACACACAUUUUGUGCACUGGCUGUUAGAGAGGAUGAUUACCACAUUAAUUAAUUAACAUUAAUUAACAUGAUUGAUGAACAUCCACAAACAAGCUGACUUUGCUUUAUGCUUGAGAAA